CCAAAUGUAAGUGUAUUUCAGAGAAAAUUUGUGAACGAAGUGAAGAAGUGUGAAGAAAUGGAAAGAAUACUCGGGUAUUUAGUACAAGAAAUUAAAAAGGCGGAUAUUCCACUUCCUGAAGGAGAUGUUGUUCCUCCUGCCCCCUUGCUGAAACACAUCUUAGAAAUCCAGGAACAGUUGCAGAAGCUGGAGGCAGAAUUGAGGGAAAUAACGAAAAACAAAGAAAAGUUGAGGAGAAACCUGCUUGAACUGACAGAAUACACAUGCAUGUUAGAGGUCACGCAAACAUUUGUCAGGAGAACAGCUGAGUAUGAAUCCCAUUUGCAUGCAAAUUAUGAAGAAUUUCCAUCUGUGGAGGAUGAGCCAUUAGUGGAUUACAACUGUAUGCACAGACUGGGUGCCAAGUUGGGAUUCAUAUCUGGGUUAGUUCACAUAACAAAAGUUGGAGCAUUUGAAAAAAUGCUGUGGAGAGUCUGUAAAGGAUAUACUAUUCUUACCUAUGCAGAGUUGGAUGAAUGUCUGGAAGAUCCAGAUACAGGUGAAGCUACAAAAUGGUUUGUUUUUUUAGUGUCCUAUUGGGGUGAACAAAUUGGCCAGAAAGUUAAGAAGAUUUGUGACUGCUAUCACUGUCAUGUGUAUCCCUAUCCAAAUACCACGGAGGAGCGCACGGCAGUUGUUGAAGGACUAAAUACUCGUAUUCAGGAUCUUCAUACUGUGCUGCAUAAAACUGAGGAUUACUUGCUCCAAGUCUUGUGUAAAGCAUCUGAAUCCAUCUAUACCUGGGUUAUCCAAGUGAAAAAGAUGAAAGCCAUUUAUCAUGUACUCAACCUGUGCAGUUUUGAUGUCACAAAUAAAUGUUUAAUCGCUGAGGUUUGGUGUCCAGUGGCUGAUCUGCAGAAUUUGCGCCAUGCAUUGGAGGAAGGUUCAAGGAAGAGUGGAGCUACAAUUUCUUCAUUCAUGAAUACCAUCCCAACGACACAACCUCCUCCAACUUUGAUACGUACCAAUAAAUUCACCUCAGGGUUCCAAAACAUUGUUGAUGCGUAUGGAGUUGGAAACUACGGAGAAGUUAAUCCAGCUCUCUAUACCAUCAUCACUUUUCCCUUCCUCUUUGCGGUUAUGUUUGGAGACUUUGGGCAUGGUCUGCUCAUGUUCAUAUUUGCACUCGUGACAAUACUGUAUGAAAACCACCCUCGAUUGCAAAGAUCACAAGAUGAGAUAAUGAAAAUGUUAUUUGAAGGCCGAUAUGUUAUUUUAUUAAUGGGUUUGUUUUCUGUAUACACUGGAUUGAUCUAUAAUGACUGUUUUUCAAAGUCAUUAAAUAUAUUUGGUUCUGGAUGGAACGUUUCAGCAAUGUUUGAGCAGAAGGCUUGGAGUCUUGAGGAUCUGCGGUCUAAUCAAUUUUUAACCCUGGAUCCAAAUGUUACUGGUGUAUACAAUGGAGUUUAUCCCUUUGGAAUUGAUCCGAUCUGGAAUUUGGCAAGCAACCGUCUCAGUUUUUUAAAUUCUUUCAAAAUGAAAAUGUCUGUGAUUUUUGGAGUAACUCACAUGACGUUUGGAGUUGUAUUGGGGGUAUUUAACCACUUGUAA